CUUAAUGAUAUCUACGUAAGCAGUGUUUUACCGCGCGAAUUUGUAAUUAAUAUGGAUUUCCAACUCGUCGUCAGCAGCAUUCUAUCUUGAAGGUUUUCAUUUGAAAUGCCAAUUCCUCUGCAUUCGGCAUCAUCUCGUACUCAUUUGCGAGGAUGACCAGCCCUAGAAGCACACCCAAACCAGCUGAUCCCUUUCACACUUUAUGGAUACAACUACAGGAAUGCCAUCAAAAGGGACUUCAGGAACUUGAGGAAAAAGUGUGCAAGUUGAAAAAAGAACGUCGAUUAGAUGCUGAGAGUCUUCAGCUGUUUUAUAGUCGUAAUCAGGAGCUAAAAGAGGAAAACAAAACUCUCCAGGAUGCCAAUAGUCUCUUGGAGCACAGACUGCGUACAAGGGAUUGUGAUCGAUGUGCAACCUUGGAGGAAAACUUGAAAAAUUGCCAAGAUUACAGCGAACAGACCAUCACCAAGCUGAAGCACGAAAGGAAGUGCCUGGAGGAUGAAAACAGCAAACUCCACGCUGAGGUGCAGUUGUUAAGAGCAUGCUCCAAACCGCUGGUAGCCAAUUCCCCAGAACAUGAGGUUGGAUUCAUCCCAGACUCGCCAGUCAUGGCAAGCUCGCUUCCUGUGGCCAACAAAAAGAAGAAACGUAAAUACACGGACAACAGCAAACACGUUCACUACGCAGAGGCGCCCUCAUUUAAAUUCAACAAGUCACUCUUCAAAGAUAUAGAAUCAAGCGACGCCUCAAAAAAUGCUAAAAGGGCACAAGUACUUGUCCCUAACACAUGUCAAAUGGAAACAUCACAUAUUUUAGAUGAGGAGAAUGGAGAAGUGAUAGCAGAAACCUGCGGCCUAGAACUUAAUACAUCUCACGUGAAAACCACAGCUGCAAUUCAGCAAAGUAGUGCAAAAUCACCCCAGUUGGCUGAUGUUCGUCUAAAGCCUCGUCGUAUCUCCUCGUCGCCCCAAGCCGUCUACAGUCCUGACUCAACCACAGCAAAGUCACCAUCUAUUGUCCCUCAUAGUGAAAAGGUAACCGAUAUGAACCGUACUGGCAAAAAAAAGCUGGAAAAAGACGAUGGACCAAAGAAGCUGGAGGAGGGACAAACAUGUGACCAAGGAAAUGGGAAGAAAUUUGACAUUCAAGUGGAACUGAUGAAGAAAACCAGCAAGACCAUUAGUGCUAAAAGCUUAAAGGAGCCUGCUGACAGCAAGGUUCCCAACCAAAUGGUAGGUGAUGAAUGUGAGAGUCCAGCUUUUAAGAAGCCAAAUAUGAAACCUAAAGAACAAGCGCAUCACAAACGAAGCCAUCUUCAAGUCCAAAAUGCCUCACUGAAACGAGCACAUACAGAAGCUGCAGAGAGGAAGCACAGAGUAGAGAAUAUGUGGAGCAUUGACCCUGCAAUCAACCUCUCCAUGUAUGACACUGAGCAAGGAGCAGAUGAGCAUGAGGAAUUACUUGAUAGUGACCGCACUUGGAUCAGUCACAGCAUGCUUCCACGUCGUGGCGAAGAAGAUCUGGAUGAACAGACUGUGUCAGGUAUUGGUGACAAGGCAAAUGACAGUCUGGAUCGAAUGUUUGACACAACUUCCCACGAGGAGUACAUAUCUUAUAACAGCUCACAAGUUGCCAGUCAUCCCUGUGAGGAUCAUGAGGAGAAGGAAGAUGAACAAGAGUCUCCAGGUUUGUCUCCAGUGCGUAAAACGCGGCACCCGACAUUUGCACAUGUGGCAGUGGUCCGCAAGAAAGACGAAAGAAGAAAAUUGAAAGGGACUACUUGCAAAGAAUGUGAAAUUUAUUACAUGCAUCUCCCUGAAGAGGAGAAACAGAAGAAAUUGUCUGAGUGCUCUCGGCACCGCCAUCUCUUUCUUCCGCCCAACACGCCGGAGAACUUCUGGGAAGUGGGAUUCCCGUCGACUCAGACAUGCGUCGAAAGAGGAUAUAUAAAGGAGGAGAAGAUUCCACAGUCUCGUUUAAGGAGGAAACAGCCUUUCCUUGCUCUCUUCUCCCCGAAAUGUAGCCAGCAGGAGACCUAAGCACCAUUCAAGUCGUGUCAAAACUGCUGCAGUUAAGGUUAUUUCGUACAUAUGUACAUACGUUAUUAGUUCUACUCUCCACCCACUUACUAGUUUGACUUUAUUGGCUUUGGAGAUGCUGAAUAAAUGAAUACUAAGAGAAAUGUUACAAAUGCAGAUUUAUUAUUUUUUAAUUUGACAUUUUUGCUUUUGGUGUACAAUAAGGCUUACAAAAAUGGCUUUCAUCCCAUACUCUCAUCCAAGUUACAAAAUAGAUAUGUAAACAAAUAUUUUAUUUGGUCUGUCGUGUAUCAGAGCAACAAUAAGGUAGUACAAAUAUACAAAUACAGCAUAUAUGAAGAACUUUUGUUCGGGAAGUGCAGGUUUUUAGGCCGUCCUGAAGUGUUGACAUCACUGUGUUUCUCUCUCAGAAUAUACCAGCACAGCCUCGCUCACGUGACUGACUCCCAUACUGCAACCAGACCAGUAAAUAACAUUUGACAACAAACAUUUUCCAAUAGAGUAGCGAUUCAAAUUUUCAGUCAAGUAGUGAGUAGUGCUGCAAUAAUUAAUCGAUUAACUCGAGUAAUUUGAUUAUGGAAAAAAAAGCUUCGACUCAAAUUUUGUUGCUUCGAGGAUUUGUUUAAUUAGAGUGUUGUUGUAAUGGUUACUUUGGGAAAGGUUUGCAGUUUUAUUGAUUUGGGCGGAUACACUCCCCUCAAGUGGCAAGAGUAAAUAUGACUUAACUCAUUUAACAUGGCUGAAUCCAGCUGCUCCCUGUUAAGACCAACAUAAGUUUUUGUAUCCGUAAUUUAAUUUAGAAGUAUCUUUAGCAGUUUUUUUGUGGGAAUAUGUGUUUGAAAGAUUUAAGAGCAUUGUAAAAAAAAAAAAAAAAAAAAAACCUUCGCAUUUUGUAGCAUUUAAGCUAGCAGACGUUUGCCUUCCAGGUUAGUCAAUUGUUCUUUUGUUGUACUUCGAUCCUCAUUUAUUUUUUAUACUGUUUGAAGCUAAGCUCAGGCAUUUUGCAUAGUUUGAAGGAACACUCGGGAAUCUUAUUUUGUAUUCACUUUUAAUGCAAGCAUAAACACUUUAGUUGUUUAACGUCUCCUAAAAUGUAUUCUGCAACGCAUUAAAUGUUCGUAAUCAGAUAAGUCGAUUAUUCGAACUAAUUGAUCGAUGGAUUUAUCUCCUUCGAUUACUUAUAAUAAUCGAUAGCUGCAACAGUUGUAGUGAUUCCCAACCAGGGUGCAAUAAAUAUCGGUUCUUUCCCAUUCCUCAUUUUCUACUUGUGCAUGUGCUUUAAUUAUGUGGCAGAAAUUUAAUUAAACUAGCUCAAUAAAUGUUUGGAAACAUUGAGCAGUGUUUGAAAACCCAUCUAUCAAGGAGGUAUUAUUACGGGGUGCUGUUUGUAAAGCAGCAC